ACCUCGUGUGAUUGUUGCGUUAUUUUUGCAGGGAAAAAAGGAUUUUUCAGACAUGCUUAUUUUCUGAAACUGCUGCCUUAUUGUACCAUGACCAAAAGCAUGGGAUCAGAGGAGGAGCCUAUUGAUCUCAGUGAUCCUGAUUUGGCAGUUGCAGCCACCAAGAUCCAAGCAAACUUCAGAGGGCACAUUGCAAGGAAGACAGGGACUCCAGCAGAGAAGAAGAAGGAUGAAGAACAGGACAAAGAACUGGCCAAGGACAUGGAGCAGCUAAAAACAGCUGAAGAAGAAGAAAUAGACAUAGAUCUGAAUGACCCAGCAGUGGAGGCAGCUGCUGCCAAGAUCCAGGCAUCCUUCAAGAGCCACAUGAAGCUCAAGAAGAAAACUGGCACCAAAUGAAAACACCAAAUGAAGAAAGAAAAAAAGAGGGCGGUGGAGGAUGGGGUGCCACAGUGCUUUUUUUGCCAUUGUUCUUCUUCUUCUUCCUGUCUUGCACUUGAGAGGUUUUGAGGAGAGGGAAACUCCCCUUUUGCACGGAUUCAUUCCUGCUUUCUUGGCCAAAAACAAAUAAUGAUUAAAUAACUUGUUUGUUUGUUUUGUCCUCGAGCUUAGGCCAGUAAGGAUGGCGAGUGAUAUUUUCGCGUGUGAAUCGUCCAAAGAGAAAAGGUUUGUGUUGUAGGACAUUUUUUGAGCAUAUCCAGUGGGUUGUAAGGAUCAGCAGCCAGUGGUUUUUUGUCGUCGCCGUCUGCCUAGGAAGCAGAGACGGCUCAUCAUCAUCAUCAGCAUAUUUCCCGGUUUUUUGCCAGUUUUUUCUGGAGGACAAUCCAGCUUACUGAAAAAAAGGAGGAAUGGAUUCUUUCAAUCAAUCCCCCCUUUCUUUUGAAAGUCCUUUUAUUGGAAACUAGACCGAGAGAGAGAGAGGCGGAGAAAAAAGAAUACCCAGGGGUUAUAUAGAGCUUACCUGUUUUUCUUUUUCUUCAGUUCGGGAUUAAUUGACCAAAGUUGUUGAACAGAGGGCAUGUAUGUGUCUGCGACGAGCAUAUAAUAGCGGUUUUUUGACAUUAAGUCUUGAGUUUAGGAAACUAUUUUUCAUUUUCCCUAGAAGUGUGUGCGGAAAAAAAAACCCCGGUUUUGAGAGAUUUUGAGGGGAGGAUUUUAAACCCCCUUUUUCUUCCCCCUGAAAAGAGAGAGAGAGAAGUCCCUUUUUCGAAGUCUGUUUCGCUCCUGGUGUCAGUACAUUAAAGAGUUACCUCAGCGUU